AAAAAUUUAACAAAACAUCAGCAAAUCGUCUUCCGACACGUCUUCUAAUCUGAUGCCAAUUUUGUUCCUUAGACCUUCCUCAAUUACAUUACAUCUCUCCUUAAUUAUAAAACAAAAAAAAUAAAUUAAUUUUAUAUUGGUUGAAUUUUGGGGCGUAGCCGCUCGUCGCCAAUUCGCCGCUGCUCUCUGCAACUAGGGUUCCGGCCACUUUCCGCUGUAUCUCCGAUCAGAGGGGCAUGACUGAUCAACGUAUGCAUACACCAAGGGAUCUUUUGAGUUGAAUCAACAAUCUACUUAAGGUGAUGAAUUUUUGGGGUAGAGCUGCUUGUUAAGCUAUUCAUGCUUUCUGCAACUAGGUUUCCAAAAGUUUUACGGCUGUAUCUCUGAUCAGGUUGCUUUUCCAAAUCAUAUGAUGCAAAAGUAGAGAGAGGCAGGACUGCUCAUCCUAUGCAUACACCAAGAGAUUUUGCAGAUUGAGCCUAUUAUUAAUCUAAGUUGUAGAUGGAUGGUGAAGCUAAUCAUCAACCUAAGCAAGAAAGGUUGAGGACAAGGUGGACAACAUCCCUUGAUAAGAUAUUUGCUGACUUAGUAGUCAAACAGAUUCAAUUGGGAAACAGACCAAACAAUGUUUUUGACAAGAAAACAUGGAAUCGUAUACGUGAUGAAUUCAAUGUGCAAACAGAUCUCAACUUUAAUAACAAUCAAUUGAGGAAGCACCUGGAUGUUCUGCGGACUCGAUACUAUAAUCUCAAAUCAGCUUUUGAUCAAAAUGAAUAUGCUAUGGAUGAUUCUUGUUGCAUUGGGUUUGACCUGUGGGAGGACAUUGGGCCUCGGCCUGAUACAAUCAAAAUUAAGGACUGCCCCAUUUAUGAUCAACUAUGCAUGAUCUUUACAGAAUCAGGGGCUGACGGGAAAUAUGCCCAGUCGAGUCACUAUGAGGAGUUAGAUGACAAGUCUGUCGGAAUAGGUACUGCAAUAGAUACUUCUGGGUUAACUUCGGGUCCAGAAAGUGGAAAACUGAGUUCCAAACCUUUGUCAUCAUCAAAAAUUGUGCAAGAAAAUGCUUCAUUAGCAGAAAAGUUGGACAAGAAAACAGCAGAGAGAAAAAGGAAACGAUCAUCUGAGACUGGCUCUUUUUCAGGUCAAAAUAAGGGAGGUAAAGGAAUAAAUGAUGUGAUGGCAGAAGCCAUGCUAGAGAUGGUUGCUGCUUCAAAGUUGAGGACAGUUACAUUGAUACAAACCGAUGGCAAAUAUACUAUCACUAAUUGCAUAAAGGCAUUGGAUGAGAUAGAGCGCAUUGAUCAAAAGAUCUACUUUGCUGCUUUGGACCUGUUUGAGGACCCAAACUUGAGGGAGACAUUUAUUUCUCUUGGGGGUAAUGAGACGCGGUUGACAUGGCUGCUGGGAAAGUGUGGUAAUGCUACUUCCAGUUAAAUCAUGGAGGUGGCCUUUGUAUAAAUCUUAACAGGUAUAGGUUUUUUUAUAGUGAACUAGUUUUAGUCGUUAGUAACAUAUGAUCCUCUAGUGGUUGGUGAACAAGUUUUAGUUUGUCUGGGACUUGACUUUUUGGUGGUUUAGUAAUGACGAAACUGUGCAAGAGGCAUGUGUAGAGCAAGUACUACAGGAAGCAGCAGGGCGUGGUUUCAUUUGAUCUUAAAAGUUGCAUUUGACAGCCUGCCUGUCUUUUAGGGUUUUUGAAUGUUCCAAUUGCAGGGACCUGAUAAACGAUCUGGUGUUCCAUGUUCUCUGCCCAGUGGCAGGAUGAGCUCCUGCAGCGCGAAUAGCUUUUAUAAUUUAUUUAUUAGUUUGGUUAAUUGAGUUUGUAAUCAGGAUGCAUCUAGAUCUCCUUGGAUUAGUGCUGGGAAAUUCUUUGCUUCAACGAGGGGAAGUAAGUGAUACUUUCAGAGGGAACUCUGAUUUUUUGUCACCUGGGUGGGAUGCUUAAAAAGAUGACAACUUUAAAAGCAAUUGAGGUAUUACUUUUUAUA